AUGUACAGUUUCAGUGAAGCAAAGAAACAAAAAGUUCUUAAAGAAGUGAAUAAUUUGAAAAAACUGGACUCAAAUUUUGUGGUCAAAUAUUACGAUUCAUGGCUUGAGUCCAAUCAUCUCUACAUUCAAAUGCAAUUCUGUUCGCAAAGUCUUAAAUCCCUUCUCAAAGACAAACCCAUUGUAUUCGAGAGACAACCUGAAGAACCAAUUGAUUGUAUAUUUGAACAUUUUAUUACAUGUGAAAUAUUCAAAGAGAUACUACAAUGCGUUCAAUAUCUGCAUGAAUUGGAUCCACCGGUCAUUCACCGGGAUCUCAAACCCGACAAUAUUUUAAUUGCACACAAUAUUAAUAACAAUCGGUUUAUAAAAUUAUGUGACUUUGGUUUGGCCACAGAGUUAGUCAUAGAUAAGGGGACUGACGCCCGAUAUGAGCACACAGUUGUGGGCACUUCAAGAUAUAUGGCACCUGAAGUAUAUUACGGUCGAUAUAAUCACAAAUCAGAUAUUUUUAGCCUCAGUAUCAUAGGCGAACAGUUAUUUGUCAUCAACCUUCAAGAGUACUCGAGAUUCGGUGGAAGCAAAUCAAUCAAUGUUCAAAACAUCCGUAAUCCGUAUUUAUGAGACACUUCUAGCAAUGAUGUCAACACCGUUUUGGAGGCAAAGACCUGAGUGUCGGGAAGUGUUGGUCACAUAUAAUGAGUGGUCCAUUGAUAGGACUGUUGUCGCAAAUCAUAUAAAUGUCAAUCAAA